AUGAGGAAGGCGACCCCGAACGUUACUACUAAGGUCAGGCGAUCCUUGGAGGCCUCGGAGGGUAGACACGGCGUGGCCGGUCAGCUCGAACCGAUGCACACGUGUACAUCGGCCGGGGAUUCGCGAGUGAGCAUCACCUGGUCGGACGGACACCUAAGCUCCUACGGGACGGCCUGGCUGCGAGAGCACGACAACUCCCCCUCGGCGCUGCACGAGCGCAGCCACGGGAGCCGGCCGGCCCCCCUCUGCGCUUGGGACGCGAUCCCCAAGGUGGAUGCUCGAGAGUACAUGGAGGACGACGGCGCGCUGUACAAGACGCUGAGAAAGGUCAACCGGGUGGGCGUGGUCCUGCUCGAGAACGCCGGGGUUGAAGAGGGAACGGUGCUCGACUUGGCCCGCCGCGUGGCGCCCGUGUCCCACCACACCCUCUACGGCGACAUGUUCGACGUGGUCUCUCAGGCUAACCCGCGUAACAUGGCCUACACCAACGAGCGACUGCGUAUGCACAUGGAUCUCGUGUACUACGAGAGCGCUCCAGGGUUACAGCUUCUCCACUGCCUGGAGUUCGACGAAGGGGGAAAGGGUGGCCAGACGAGUUUUCUCGACGCUUUCGCCGCAGCAGACCACUUCCGGGAAAAGUUCCCAGAAAAGUUCGAGGUCCUGUCUCGUGUGCCAACGACGUUCGAGAAGAUCCGAGCUGCGGCCCCCCGCGUGGAUGGAGAGGGCAGGAAAUAG